AGCGUCGGACUUUUAAUACAGAGAUAGAAACAAGUCCAAAACCAAGCAGGCAACUUGUUAAUAUUCUGUAAAAGUAACUGAAGAUCUAUACUAAAUUUAGAAUCUGUGUCUGUUGAGUGUGAUCCUCUUGACUCGACUCGAUUACUGGAUUUGGAAGAAGCGUGAUGACUAGAUACUCUGACUGUAAUCAUGGCUCUGUUGUACUGGACCAACUUCAGUCCCUUCGGUUGGAAGGUCUCCUGACGGAUGUCUCCUUGAAGGUGAAUGCCGACACGUUCCCUUGCCAUCGGAGUGUGCUAGCAGCAUGCAGUCCUUAUUUCAAAGCCAUGUUUACAGGAGGCAUGUCAGAAAGCCGUCAGGAGACUGUGGCUCUUCAGGAUGUUGAGCCAUUAUCUCUGAGGCUGCUCUUAGACUUCCUCUACACCGGAAACAUCAUCCUGGAUGACCAGAAUGUACAGGAUGUCUUUGUCACUGCUAAUCUGCUUCAGGUGGUACCACUCAUCCACUUCUGUGCCGAGUAUUUGGAGAAAUCUCUCAGCAUCGCGAAUUGUAUAGGAAUGUACUGCCUUGCCACCGCGUACUCCUGCGUGAGUCUGUUGGAAACCUCAUGGGAGUACAUCAAUUACAACUUUAUCCUGGUGAGUAAGCAGGAAGAGUUUCUGAAUGCACCCAGCAAUGUUGUUCUUAGUAUCGCAAGUAGUCGUAUGCUGAAUGUCAGAUCUGAGGGGGAUGUCUUUGAAGCUAUGUUCCAAUGGUAUAAGAAAGACCCAACCAGCAAGGUCUGUACAGCUCAGCAAAUCCUUAAACAUGUCAAUGUGAAGUUUCUUAGUAGGAUGCAAGUUGCAAGAGCGAGAACAGAAGGUCUUUUGCCUUUGGAACCUACUACAAGUGAAACUAAUCCCAGUGCAAUUAGUGAUUCACAGGUUUCGGCUUCCCAGUCGUCUUCAUCAGAACCUGGUGCAAGGUUAGGUAUGAGCGCACAAGAGCUUAUCUUAAUGGCCGGCAGACAUGGGCGCCAAAAUACAAUAUUCUGCGUACAUUUACCCAGCCGGCAAUGCUACUUUCUCGAUUUGCCCCCAAUCUGCAGAACAUUUGGAGCCUUGGUGACAGUAGUUGACAAUGAAGUCUAUGCAAUCACUAAUGACUAUCAGGACAAAAGCAUGUUCCACUACAACCACAUACGUAAAAAGUGGAUGGCGGUUGCCCAGCGUUUGCAAGGGCGGACCGACUUCCAACUCCAAGUAGUGAAUGGUAAUAUCUACAUUCUAGGAGGCCUUAACGAUUGGGAAAUCCUGAACAGUGUGGAGCGAUAUGAUCCUUCUGUUGAUGAAUGGCAGUUUAUGACCCCUAUGCCUCGUGAUGUCAUAGAUUUUACCAGUGCGGUUUACCGUGAUAGCAUCUAUAUCUUCUCCGGGAGCAGGACUAUGAGCUAUAAUACCGUCACCGAUCUCUGGACUGCAACCCUUCCCGCGAUGACAACCCCUCGGCUUCGAUCUGCCUGCGUGACACAUGGCAAGGAGAUAUGGGUUAUAGGUGGUUCCUCUGCCCAAUCUAGCACCGAAGUCCCCUGUAUACAGGUCGAGAAGUACCUCCCUGAUGAAGGCAGGUGGGAAAGUGGUGGCUAUCUUCCAAGUCUUAUGAAGUUCUGUCUGGCCACGGUGUAUCAGAAGGAACUGUACCUGUGCGCCGUUUGGUGUGGCGUCCACGAGAUGGGGGUCAAUGUACCAGUCCAACUCCAUCCUCAGUUUGAUCUCUACCUCUAUAACAAACAUGCAACUACAUUCAAUGAUGUUGGUAUUGAUAUUCCUCUACAGGAUGUUCUAUCUUGUAGCACAGCAAGGUUAUUCACUGAAAACACCCCCCUGGUGGGUGUUUCAUAUUAUUGUUCGUAAGUUACACUUACAAGCGACUUUACGAGCAACGUGUGAUCUUUUGAAAUUUUUGAAAUCUAUUGAAAAUUUACGAAAGGAUCACCUGUCGUUUGUAAAGUCACUAACUUACGAACCGCUUUAUGAAACAUCAACCUCUUUGAUUUGAUUUUAAUCAAGGUUUCUUUGUCCUUGGAACUUAGUAACCAGUUAUUAAUCCACCCCGACACUAUUAAAUGUAUGUUAUAUAAGGCAUACCUCUGGCAAGGUCCAGGUUGUCUGAAAUAUCUUGUACGCUAUAAUUGGUUAACAUUGGUUUGACUUUUAAAAAAUCUGAGCUAGAAGGUCACACUUGUCACCUGUGUGUGUGAUAUGUUACAAAAAUGAAGCCCAGAAAAAAUUGCGUUCGAAAAUAAUUAUUUAGUGCUUCAAAAAUUGAAAUAUAAAGUGACCGAAAACACCAUCUUAAUUUCAUCCCAUACACUUAUGUGUACUAUUUUGGCGUCUAUAAGACGCCUAUUUACAAAAUCGGGGUUUUCCUUGUAGUUUUAGCUUUUCAUUCUCAAUAAUGGUUGUUUUCAGGGUUUAUUAGUUCCAAUACAUGCACUUGUACACAUGUUUCAUCUUGGUUUGAGAAUUUUUUAAAUCAGCUGCUCACAAAGUUAAACAAUACCUUUAAUUGCUAACCAUUGUUUUACAGGGCCCACGAUACUGUUGCAGAAAAGUUCCUCAAUUACCAUCCAAUGCUAAUUAUGGUUUCCUUGAUUCGGAUAAGUUGUUCAGUGUCGUUUACCAUGGUACCAUUGGAUGGUGUCGGUGAAGAUACCAUAACUUUUAAAUAUUCACUAGAGCUACAUGUACAAUAACAUAUAUUUAUAGAUAAGUGUUUGGUACUGUAAAAUCAUAAGAUAUCCUUAAAAACGGACAUUCUGAAGCUUUUCGACAUGCACUCAUUGGAGUAAAAUCGCAUGAAUGACUAGAACGCUAGAGCGAAACAAUAUAUGAUAAAACCUAGAGACAUUUACAUGUAUCAUAUACAGACCGCUAUUUUUUUUUUUUGCUGAUAUUUUGAAAGUUAUCGAGAGAUUUCGAAAUUGAAAUGACAGCUUCAGAAUCAUUGUGUAAUUAGCAGUCUUGCGAUAGUCUAGAAUUGAAAACUUAUUUGACCUUUUUCCCAGAUCUUAAUACCUUGAAAUGUAGCAUAUUAUUAUUUAGAAACUGAAUCAGUCAGGUAGACUCGAUUAAAGAAAGUAAGAUUAAUUAGAAAAUUUGGUGGUUUUUAACCAAAAUCAGAAUAGAGACCUGUUGGCAACUGUUUAUAUCGCAAUCUGUUGAAUGUUACUUCCAUCAGCUUUUCAUUACUACUAGGGAAGUUUUAUGUUAAAAUGCAGUUCUUUUUGUACAGGAAGCGUAAAUGUAUCGGUAAACUAAACAUAACCUGUGCAUAUUUUUAUUAGGGUCUCUUUCAUAUGAUCAACCAAAAUCUGUUAAAGAAUAUUUCAUUUAUGAUAAUCAGUUACAUUCAUUUUUGUUUAUUUAUUUGGAGUUAUCAGGGCGCUAUGUGACUUCAAAUUUUGAGCUCUAUGUCCAAUGUCACAUAUGGAUAUAAUUGAUAAUGAAUGUUAGAUAUUUUGAAGACUAGAUGUAUCCUCUAAAUUGUGAAAUAUCACUACCAUCAUUCUCCUCGAAGUUAUGGUUGAUUAAAAAUGCAGUCUAUUUUGCCACUCAUACUUGACAUUGAGAAUAAGUUUUUCGAGAUAUUUCCCCCAAAAUGCCAUUUCUUAUAAAUUUGAUUGCUUAUUGAUAUGAUUUUAUUUGUAAAUUGUAUGUGGAAGUAAUUUUGAUAGCUAUAUUAAAAUCAUGACACUUUUUGAAAUUGA